UUUGUGUUUUUGCUAAAGUGACUGCUGCCAUGUAUAUACGCUGCCUCAAAGCUGGACAAAGUACAUGUUGUAGAUUUUGUGUAUAUAGUUUAAUUAUAUGCUGACAUUUAAAUAAUGUGUCCCAUGCUAUAAAACGAUCUGUUUGAAAAAGUUGUAGUAAUUUAUUCCAGCCGCGGGUUCUUUGUGUUAUGCUGUAAAAACGCUUCUUUGUUUGUAUAGUAAAAACGUUCAUAAGUAGUUGCUUUGUCUGAAAUGCUUAGUAAACAUUUAGGGUUGAGUCCUAGUUGUAUAUCCAAAAGCUGUGCCUGAGGGGAUGAGCGAGAGAAGAUUAACUACAUUCAUUUGGUUUCUAAAUGUGGUUACUUUUUUAUGUGUUCUGUUUUGCUUAGUUGGUUCAAUUUGUUGUAAGUUACUGGUUGGGGUUAAAAUGGAUACUGCCUGUACUCUCAUUUAUUAUAUAUAAUGUGUGUGUUAUUUCCCCCCUCUAAAGCAAGACCAAGGUGUUUAUCAUGAUAAAGUCAGAAACAUGAUUGCAGAGAAUCGGUAUCGUUUACUGGUAAAUAUCAACGAUCUUCGAAGAAAAAAUGAUAAGCGGGCAAACUUGUUGCUGAAUGAUGCUUUUGGUGAGCAAUUAGCUUUUCAAAGAGCUUUAAAAGAUUUUGUUGCCUCCAUCGAUGGUACAUACGCCAAGCAGUUUGAAGAGUUCUAUGUUGGGUUUGAAGGAAGUUUUGGAGGGAAGCAUGUUUCACCGCGUACACUGACUGCACGCUUCCUUGGAAACUUGGUCUGUGUGGAAGGAAUUGUAACCAAAUGUUCUCUAGUGAGACCCAAGGUUACUCGGAGUGUACACUAUUGCCCUACUACUAAAAAGACAAUUGAAAGAAGGUACACUGAUCUCACAUCUCUCGAUGCCUUUCCUUCAAGUGCGGUCUAUCCAACAAAGGAUGAAGAAAAUAACCCAUUGGAAACAGAGUUUGGGCUUUGCACAUACAAAGACCAUCAAACUUUAACUCUCCAGGAGAUGCCAGAGAAGGCUCCUGCUGGGCAGCUGCCCCGUUCCGUGGAUAUAAUUGCUGAUGAUGACCUGGUUGACAAAGUCAAGCCUGGCGACAGAGUUCAGGUGAUAGGAAUCUAUCGCUGUCUGCCCGCCAAACAUGGCGGGUUUACUUCUGGCACAUUCAGGACCAUCCUCCUGUCCAGCUAUAUUAAACUUAUGAGCAAGGAAAUCACACCAACAUUUUCAGCAGAUGAUGUGAGCAAGAUCAAGAAGUUUUGUAAAGCUCAUUCCAAAGAUAUUGUUCGCUAUUUGAGCAAGUCCCUGGCACCAAGUAUCCAUGGCCACGAGUACAUUAAGAAAGCUAUUCUGUGUCUCUUGCUUGGAGGGAAUGAAAAGGUUCUGGAAAAUGGGACACGUAUAAGAGGAGAUAUAAAUGUGUUGUUAAUAGGGGACCCCUCGGUGGCAAAGUCCCAGUUGCUGCGCUAUGUGUUGCACACGGCUCCACGAGCAAUUCCUACCACUGGUAGGGGAUCAUCAGGGGUAGGUUUGACAGCAGCUGUGACAACAGAUCAGGAAACAGGAGAACGAAGGCUCGAAGCUGGGGCAAUGGUGUUGGCUGACAGAGGUGUGGUGUGCAUAGAUGAAUUUGACAAGAUGUCUGAUAUGGAUAGAACAGCUAUCCAUGAGGUAAUGGAACAGGGCCGCGUGACAAUAGCCAAAGCAGGGAUCCAGGCUCAACUGAAUGCUCGCUGCAGUGUACUGGCAGCUGCGAAUCCAGUCUAUGGAAGGUAUGAUCAAUAUAAAACUCCAAUGGAGAACAUUGGUUUACAGGACUCGCUGCUGUCGAGAUUUGACUUGUUGUUCAUAGUCUUGGACCAGAUGGACCCAGACAUUGAUAGAGAUAUUUCUGACCAUGUUCUGCGCAUGCACAGAUACAGAGCACCGGGAGAACAAGAUGGGACUGCCAUGCCUAUGGGAUGUUCAGUGGAUGUGUUUGCCACUGAUGAUCCAAAUAUCACAGAGGCAGCAGAACAAGAGCUUCAGAUUUAUGAAAAGCAUGACAACCUUCUUCAUGGACAAAAAAGGAAAAAAGAGAGAAUUGUGAGCAUGGAGUUCAUACGCAAAUACAUACAUGUUGCAAAGCUGGUGAAACCUGUCCUUACUCGGGAGGCUGCUGAUUACAUAGCUGAGGAGUAUUCAAAACUACGGAGCCACGAGGAAGUAACAUCGGAAACUGCCAGAACCAUGCCUGUUACUGCUAGGGCAUUAGAGACUAUGAUCCGAUUAUCAACAGCCCAUGCAAAAGCCAGAAUGAGCAAAACUAUUGAGCUACAAGAUUCUGAGGCUGCGCUGGAACUGGUCCAGUUUGCUUACUUUAAAAAGAUUUUAGAAAAAGAGAAAAGGAAGAAGGUUGCUAAUGAUGAUGUAACUCAGAGUCAAGAAAUUCCUAGCCAGGAAAGCAAAAGAAAAAGUUCUCGGCUCCUAAACAAAGAUAUGGAUGUAACCGGUGCUGGUGAUGAAGAUCCGUAUGAUUUCAGUGGUGACGAAAUGGAGACUACCACUUCCAGUCAGAAACGUAAACCUUCAAAAAAAGUUUCUGUGGAUCAAGGAAGCACACAGAAGAAAAAGGCUGAAGUAGGGCGGGACAGAUUGAAAGUGUUUAAGGCUGCUCUACUGAAAGCUUUCAAAGGCACCCGUACCCAAUCCAUUUCAAUUCCAGAGUUGGUUGUUUUUAUCAAUAAGGGGGCCAGCGACUCUUUUGAAGUGGAUGAAGUGCAGCAAGCCUUAAAUCAAAUGCAAGAUGACAACCAAGUCAUGGUGUCGGAAGAUGUGGUUUUCCUGAUUUAAGUAUUAGAUUUUGUAAUUUUGCUUGUUACAAAUGCUAAGUACUUUUGCAUUGAAUGUGUGAAUUUAAAUCCUGUAUCAAUUAAAUAUAUUUAUACAUAAAAUAAAAUGUAAUACCUUUUUGAGCAUAUAACAUUUCAGUGUUCUGGUUUGAUUUAAUGGUUCACAUUGUAGCUUUCCGUUUCUCCACCAAGGGGCGCAAGAAAGCAGAGAAAUACGUUAAGCAAGGGUAUGGAGGAAACUACCCAACUAGCAGGCUCUGACAGACAUGCAAGAUAUUUUACUAUGAAGUUUCAUCUGGGGAUUUGAGGAGGGAUUUGUGGAAUUUAAAAUAUGUAUUAAUUGUAGAUUUGGC